AUGUCGUUCUGGCCCUUGCUUGCCUGUUUGCGUGACUAUUGCGCUAAUUGCUCCUUGGCCGGCAUCAGCUACAUUGCCAAUAACAAAUUGCAUAUUAGCGAGCGUGUCUUCUGGCUAUUCUGCGUCAUUAUGUCCGCCUUCGGUUCGUACAAACUUAUUUCAACAUUUGAACGAGACUUUGAAUCAUCCGCAGUGAGUAUUGUUUUCGAGAGCUUAACUCCUUACGAUGCGAUUUAUUUUCCGAGUGUGGCUGUAUGUGAGACGCUGGAAAAGGAUGGUACCACACCCGCUGUUGAGGAGUAUAUAGAAAGGUAUGUAGGAUGGAACACUCGAGGUUUUCUAUAUUUUCCCAGUUAUCCUGAGGAAUAUGAUUAUGACAUUGAGAUAUUUGUUUUAAAGCUAAUAUUUCCACAUGAGUACAAUACGGGCAAUGCAAGGGCGCAUUGUUUCGAUAAGGAGGGCACAGAUGCCGAGUGUCCACAUACUGGUCAUCGCGCACUCACCGAGAAGCUCCAUCAGAAUUGUACAAACGUUUUGCUAGAAUGUUCGCUUGGUAGUAGAGCCUUCAACUGCUGUCAUUACUUUAGACCAAUACUCACGCCGUACGGUUACUGUUUUCUGCUGAACUCAAUGCAGAAUAAUCAUCCCGACAGUCAAUAUUGGUUCCCCAAUGUGGUAGAAGAUAACCACGUGACAAUGCGUCUGCUCACAGAGGUGGCGGUCGAGGUUUUCGUAAUCAACAAAGAGGAUAUACCGUAUGCCAAUUUAGCUGGCAUAACAACAAAAGUUGCCACACCCGGCAAGCAUACAGACUUUCAACUAUCUCUACAAGAGAUGGUCAAUGAUAUGGAUGUGCGUGAGGUUUCGCCCGAACAUCGUGGCUGUCGUUUCCCCGAAGAGGUCAUACCGCAUUCAUCGUUUCGUUUCUACAGUUUCAGUACUUGCAUUGUCGACUGCAUCGGCGCAUUGCAGAUGAAAUAUUGUAAUUGUACGAUGUUCAAUUUAAUGCCGACGGCACGUAAGGAUCGGCCCGAUUGCGAUUAUAAUGGGUUUCUAUGUUUGGAGAAGGAAACAAAAGUGGCGCCCGAUAUUAAGAUGCUUCUACCAUGGCCGGAGAAUAAUGAGACGUGCGAUUGUUUGCCAUCGUGCACUGAGCACGAUCUGCGUACGGUUUCCGAGUACAGUCCGCGCAAUCGCAAAGGCGAUAAAAGACGCAGCGUUGCCAUAAGCCUUGUCGAUCGUCCCACAGAGCGCUAUCGUCGUCAAGCUUUGCGUACUCGCUUGGAUGUUGUGGUUACCAUUGGCGGUAUAUUGGGUUUGUUCUUAGGCGCCAGCAUUCUGAGUCUCAUUGAGUUUAUUUACUACUUUACAAUACGCUUUUACAAUAACACACGCAUGGCAAAAAAUAGCAACUCUGUUCAAAGAGCUGUGAAAGCUCAAGGGGAUGGCAAGUAAAUUCAGUUUUAGCUUAAGCUUUUUGU